CGCCGGCCGGAGUCCGCAAGCUCCCAAACGCCGUCGGUCGCUGUCCCCACCGUCAAGCCCCCGGACCGCGUCCACACAUGCCGCCGCCCGUACACGCGCCGAUGGAUCAUCUCUCGACGGCCCAUCCAGCCAGUUCGAGCGCUUCCAGUUCCACCCACUCCACCACCACCCCCUCCUCGCUGCGGAAGCGGGUGCUCUCGAUAGACACGUCGCCGCGUGGCGCGCCCAGAGGCAGCAGAGAGAGGGAGAGCAAGGCGCAGCAGGAGAGCGCGAUGGCGGAAGCCGACCAGGCGGCGGCGGCGGCGGCGGAGACGGAGUGGGAGAGGGACGUGGAGGCGGCGGUGCCGAUGAGCCCCGCGGGGCGGCUGUUCCGGGAGACGCACUUCAACUGCUACAUCGUGGCGGUGAUCGGGCUCGGCUCCAGCGUGGACGUCGCGGCGGCGCGCGCCGGGCUGGAAGCCACGCUCGUCCGCCACCCCCGCUUCUGCAGCGUCCAGGUGUCGAACGAGGCGAGCAAGCGCGCGAAACCAAAGUGGGUCCGGACGACGGUUAACCUGGACAACCACCUCAUCUUCCCAGAGCUGGACCCCACCGCCACGUCGGCCAACCCUGACCAGGUCGUCGAGGACUACAUGUCCACGCUGUCCACACAGCCGAUGGACCACUCCCGCCCGCUCUGGGAGUUCCACGUCCUCGACUUCCCGACCGCCGAGGCGGCCGCCACCGUCGCCGUCCGGAUGCACCACUCCCUCGGCGACGGCGUCUCGCUGCUAUCCCUCCUCAUCGCGUGCACCCGCAGCGCCGCCGACCCGGCGAGGCUCCCCGCGCUGCCGCCUGCGCCGCCGCGCCACGACGGUCCCGCGGCCUACGCCCGCCGGCGGCCGCCGCUCUCGGCGGGGCUCCUGGCACUCGCCGCGUGGGCCUGGUCCUGCCUCGUGCUCGCCUGGCACACGGUCGUCGACGUCGUGUGCUUCGUCGCGACGUCGCUGUUCCUCCGCGACGCGCGCACGCCGCUCAUGGGGGCGGAGGGCGUCGAGUUCCGCCGCAAGCGCUUCGUCAACUGCACGCUCAGCCUCGACGACGUCAAGCACGUCAAGAAUGCCAUGAAGUGUACUGUGAACGAUGUGUUAGUUGGAGUAACUUCUGCAGCAUUGUCGCGCUAUUACUUCCGCAAGACCAGUGAUAACAGCAGGGAGAAGCGUACGCGACGAAAGAAUAUCCGUAUGCGGUCCGCUCUUCUUGUUAACAUCAGAAAAACACCUGGCUUACAUGCAUUGGCAGAAAUGAUGAAUUCCAGCAAGAACAAUGCUGCGAGAUGGGGAAAUCUAAUUGGCUACAUCGUACUUCCUUUUCGUAUAGCCAUGUACGAUGAUCCUCUUGAGUACAUUCGUCAGGGAAAAAGAACAGUUGACAGGAAGAAGAACUCGCUAGAAGCAAUCUUCACAUACUGGAGCGGAAAUCUAAUAGUCAAACUUUUUGGCAUUAAGACUGCAGCUGCUCUCUGCUAUGGCAUGAUUGCUAAUACCACUCUGUCAUUCUCGAGCAUGGUCGGUCCUGCAGAGAAGGUCGAGUUCUAUGGGCAUCCUAUAGAGUAUAUUGCCCCAAGUGUAUAUGGGCAUCCACAUGCACUGACAAUACACUACCAGAGCUACAUGAACAUUAUCAAGCUUGUCCUGGCGGUGGAUGAUGCACAGUUCCCAGACGCUCACCAACUACUGAAUGAUUUCGCCGAGUCCCUCAAGCUCAUCCGUCAGGCAGCUUCGACAAAAUCAUAGUUUCUCUUUUUUUUUCCCCUCACAUUGAGACCGAUGAUAAGCACAAAAUCGCAAAGUGCACCUUCCAAUCAGUAAACUUGAUAGAUGUACUAGUACUACCACAUUUUUUUGCAAUCAAUGUUGUUAUAAAGUGCUUAUUCGAGUUCAUCAAAAAAUUAGAGGAGUUGAAUGUUUCCUAUAAAAACUACGUAAAACUCAUGUGUUCCGAAUGAGUUAUAACCAUUAAAUCGGCACUAUAUGGAUUGCCAA